AUAUACUGUAGGUAACCAGAGAGCAAGAGAGGCCAGGUGUAGGGAAGUAGACAAUUUUUGACCGUGUCAGGAUCAUGUAAGGACAUGUAAAUUUGUGUGUAUUACAAUGUGUUUGAGCACCAGAACUGAGAUAAAUAAAAAGGAUAAAUGCAGUAGGCUACUGGACUGGAAGCGUCUUGUUUGGAGUCAUUCGUCAGAUAGCCCUACAGGCACCUCUAAGCGACAAGAUGGUUAUUUGUCGGUACACACAGUAUUUUUUAAAAAUAUAUCUACAGUAAUUCUGUCGACUGUUAAACAAAAAUGCGAUCUGUGGCACUUUUGCUUCCUGUGAUUCAUCUCGCCUUUGCUGGACACUCUCUGCAGUAUUUCUACACUGUUGUUUCUGGAGACAUUAACUUCCCAGAGUUCACAGGGGUUGGAUUUGUUGAUGAUCAGCAGUUUAUCUACUUUGACAGCAAAAUAAAGAAACCUGUACCAAAAACCGAGUGGAUCAGAACAAAUGAAGGAGAAGAUUACUGGAACAGAGAGACUAACAUGUUUACUACUUAUUAUUGGGAAUAUAAGAAUGAAAUGCAGAUUAUAAUGGAUCGAUUCAACCAUUCAGAAGGUGUUCACACUCUGCAGGUGAUGUAUGGCUGUGAGUUGGAGGAUGAUGGUACCACUCGAGGAUACUAUAAGUUUGGUUAUGAUGGAGAAGACUUCAUCAACUUUGAUAAGAACACACUUAUCUGGACUUCUGCUAAUCCUCAAGCUAAAAUCAUCAAGAACAAAUGGAAUCGUGACAGAGCUAAAGCAGAACACUGGAAAAUAUAUCUGGAGAAUACAUGCUUUGAGUGGCUGAGGAAGUAUGUGAGCUACGGCAAGAACACUCUGGAGAGAAAAGAUGCACCUCAGGUUUCUCUGCUGCAGAAAGACUCCUCGUCUCCAGUUAUCUGUCAUGCUACAGGUUUCUACCCCAACAACAUCAUGAUGACCUGGAAGAAAAACGAAGAAGAUCACAAUGAGGAUGUGGACGUCAGUUCAAUUUUACCAAACGACGAUGGAACAUUUCAGAAAAGAAUGACCCUGUCACUGAAGCCUGAGGAGUGGAAGAAGAAUCCAGAUGUCUACAGAUGUGUGGUUCAACAUGUGGGAGCAGAUAAAGAGAUUGUUGUCCUGCUGAAUGAAAACAACAUCAAGUCUAACUCAGGUACUGAAUGUAGAUACAAAAACAUGAAAAAAAGAAUCAUGCUUAUAUCUAGGAAAUUUAGUCUGAGCACAGAGUUGUCUUCAGACAACAUUGUUGUGUCGGGGCUAUUCGUUGUAUAUCUGGUGGUGCCACUGCUGCUGCUGCUGGCGGCUGUCUGUGCCUUUAUCAUUUGGCUCUCUAUGAGGAUAAUGCCCAGCCUGACUAAGACCAAGAGUUCAGAAUCAACAGCCACAAACUCAGAAAAGUCAGAUUCUUCUUCGGAGUUGCUGCCACAACCAGUAAAGACCAAAAGGUUCCCACCACUGAAUAAAUUGAAGAAACUUGGAAAGAAGUGAAUUGUCAAAACUAAACAAUCCCUACAAACAGGAGUGGAGUUUUAAAAUAAACUGUAAAUAAAUAUCAAUGUGGUUAAAAGAAAGAGAGAGACCUGUAAGCAAUGCACCUGUGUACGCUUUUGUUACAUAAACAUGUCUGUUAUUUGUUAAAUUUUGUGAAAUAUUAGAGCAGUUAACU